CUUUCGUACCUAUAGCGUUCUUAUCUUAUUCCUUUCUAAAUCAAUAAUGUAAAAUGAGAAUAGUAAUUAGGAUUAAGUAGUGUCCGAACUAUGUAAUGCUAAAAUGCAUUAGAUCAAAAGUCUAUCAUAUAUUUAAUUCAUGAUAUAACUAAGCAAUGCAGAGUAUUAUAUAUGAAGUGCAAAAAUGGCUACUCCUGCAAAAGCAGCUGUGAAACAUGUAAAACCAAUUUUAUCGUUGACUCCUAUAGAAGCUCGAAGAAGAGUAAUAUCAUUAUAUAAAACAUGGUACCGACAAAUUCCAUUUAUUUUGUCCAAUUAUGAUAUCCCAAGGACAAAGGAAGAAUGUAGGCAAAAAUUAAGGGAGGAAUUUAAACGUAAUGCUCAUAUAAAUGACUUAAGAGUAAUUGAUUUGUUACUUAUUAAGGGACAAAUGGAACUUCAAGAAAUUUGUGCUCAAUGGAAACCACCUGGAACAUUGUUGAAUUAUUGGAAGGAAACACACGAACCAAAGCCAAAAGAUUUUAUGUCAAAGUUUUUAUCAGGUCAAGAUUAAAUUUUAUGAUUGUAUAAUAUAUUUGUAUAAGUUAUGUAGUAUAAUUGAAUAUGUAAAAUUUAUAAAUUAUAUUAAAAGAAUAUACAGUUGUCUGAAAAGUAAAUAUGGAAAAAAGAAGAAAA